AUGAACGAGUCUGAGCUUCGUAUAAAAAUUCAACCAAAACAAAACUUUCAUUUUCGGUAUGAGAACGAAAUAAACCAACAAGGAAAUACACACGGUGUAUUGCAGGGCCAACAAAAAUACAAAUAUCCUACAAUUGAAUUAAGUUUGCCAGCAAAUAAAAGAAAUAGUGAAUUUUUCGUACUUUGUUCUUUGCAUCGUUUUACAGACAUCGUACCCAAAACUCUUUCGCCACAUCUUCUAAUGCGAAAAGGAGUAACGGAACUUAACUAUGAGUUUAUAUUUGAAAAAAUGAAAACGGUUGAAGACAAUCCAAUGAAGCGAGUCUGGGAGUUAAGAGACUGUGUUAUUGUGCGUUUAACAAAAAAGGAAUACAAUAAUUCCUUUACCAAUAAAAGGACCGCAUACGAACGUUUACAAUUACCUUCGUUAACUUUCGAAGAACUGCUAGGAGAGUUGAAUUUAGAUGAUCCUAGUGAUGUAGAAGACAGUGCAAAAGGAAACGUCUGUCUGGGUUUUACGAUAUUCGAAAAAAAAGCUAAAGCAAAACAAUAUACUUUGUAUAAGAAAACAAUUUAUUCCUGUAACAUCUAUAAUGCUGAUACAUUAAAAAUCUACAAAAUUGAUACCCCCAAAGGAAGUGUACUUGGAGGCACCGAAAUAAACAUCAAAUCCAAAUUUGAGUCAUGUUGGACACUUAUUGUUUUAAUAAAUAAAAUCAAUGAAAGAACCAACAAAAUCGUAUGGAACACUACCGUUAAAGAUUUAAAAAAAAACAAGAACACGAUAACUUUUACACUGCCACCAUAUGGAGGACCCGAAAGUGAGGAUGACGAAAUUGAAGUAAAUAUGUGUGUUAAAGUGGAAAACUCCACUUACAUAAGCGAUAAUGUCAAAUUCUUCUAUGUCAAUGAAAGGCCACGUAAACGUCCAAGAGUAACAGAAAAACAAGAUAACCCUCCAGAACAAAGAGCAAAUGACAUGAGUAAUAUAUCAUGUGAUUAUGAAACUUCGCCGGAGUUCUCAGGUUCGAAGGAAUUUGUUUGCACUCAGCAUGUCGAUAUUAAAUUUAAAAUUGAUAAAAUUUUCAAAACUCCAAAGGAUCCAAAUCACAUUAUGUCAUAUGAACGUUUGUAUUCCAUAUUUUACGAUGCUUUAGAAUCGGAGGAAGCAUUCAAACAUCUUUAUAAAAUGGCCAAGGAUUCAAGUAACAAUUAUCUGGUUGCAGAUUUGCGCAAUGAAAAUGGUGAAAAUCUCUUGCACAUGGCGUGUCAAAUGAACAAGUUCAAGAGAAUACGUCCUUUAAUUGGAUUGGGAUGUCAUAUCAAUGAGCAGGACUACAUCGGAAGAACACCGUUGCACGUCGCUCUGGCUAAACAACAUAUCGAUUGUGUUGCGGAAAUUCUGUUUAUCUUCAACAACAUUUCAAAGUACCCCAAAGAAGUUGAAACUGAUUUAAUGAAAAUGAUUGGGGCCUACAAUCACGAUGGCCAUACAGUUUUACAUGCCGCCAUGCUCGGCCAAUAUAAAGAAUUAUGCGAAGCUAUAUUGAUGUUCAUGCGCAAACACAAUAUCAAUGUUUUGGACUUUGAAGUGUUGGGAAGUGGUGAUUCCAUUGCACAUUUGGCUGUUAAACACAAUCUUAUGACGAUUCGGCCUCUUAUAGUAGAAUAUGUGCCAAAUUACGAGAUGGUUCAAAAUUAUGCUGGUAUAAUGGUGGAGGAGUUGGAAGAUGAAAUGUUGGAACAAUUAAAAAAUCUAAAUGUAUAA